AUGUGGCGGUACGUCGCGUUAUUUGCGCUUGUCGCGUCGUGCUUAGCGCUCCCGGCGCAAGACACAAGCCACUCCGAAAACGAACUCGAUAGCAUCAACGACUGCCUCCGAAAGGACUCCACGUCAUGUCUCAAGUACAAGUUCUUCUCGUUCGUCGAUAAAAUGAUCGGACAGAAAGACUCCUUCGCGUUAACCGACGGUGUUACUGUUGUUAAAGCGACCGACUUGCCGUCGGAAACUGGAGCGCCUAGAUCACUGGAUCCUUUACAACGACUGAAGAGGUACUUGGAAACUCACACGCUAAGGAUCGAAGUGAAGGGUACGGAAGUCGUCGACGCAGUGUCUAGUGCCGGAAGAGCGUUAGAGGAUACAGUGUCUUCGUUCGUAGAAGACGACAAUGAAGUUGGCGAAAGCAGAGGGAAGAAGAAGAAAGCGCAGAAGAUUCUGGGACCGCUGAUGAUGGCGCUAACUAUGAAGCUGAUGGCACUGAUGCCUCUGGCGAUUGGAGCUAUAGCUUUGAUAGCUGGAAAGGCGUUGCUGAUUGGAAAGAUAGCGCUGGUGCUAUCAGCGAUAAUUGGACUGAAAAAGCUUCUCUCGCAGCAGAAACACGUGACGUACGAAGUGGUGGCGCAUCCGCAUAGUUCCGGUCACUCUUCAGGGCAUGAUUAUGGUGGUACCAGUGGAUAUGGCGGUGACUCCGGAGGCUAUGGCGGCGGUGGCGGCCAUAGCAGCGGCGGCGGCGGCGGCGGCUGGGGACGAUCCAUAGAGGCACACAGUAUGGCCUACUCCGCGCAAAAGCCUCUAUAA